AUGGCUCCUCGAUACCCGUCAACUCUAGCCCCCGAUGCGACUCCUCCGGGAAUGACGAGAGCACAAAAGUCACGAGCCAGACGAGAGCCGUCAGGGGCUUUCCAGCUUUUCCAGGCUCCUCAGAUUCAACAGUUCAAAGAAGCAUUUUCGCUCAUUGACCAGGAUGGGGACGGGAUAGUUAGUGAGAAAGACCUCAAAGCCGUGUUUACUAACUUGGGCCUAACUCCAACGCCCAAGAUGCUCGACAGCCUCCUUAGUGCACGUCCUGGUGCUCACUUCAGGUCUGUAUCUGGAGCAGUAGAUGAUGACGACAUGCCAGAUAGAGGGGUAAACUUCCCUAUGUUCCUCACAAUGAUGGGCGAACGGCUCUUCGAGUUUGAUGCCGAAGCAGAACUCGUCGAGGCAUUUGAAUGCUUUGACGAGAACGAUUCGGGGACUGUCAAAGUGGAUGAGAUGAGGAAGUGGCUUGCAGAUUUUGGGGAACAUAUGAGUGAAGAAGAGAUUGACCGAUUGUUUAAAGGUCCUUUUACCGAUCGACAAGGGAAUUUCAAAUAUAGGGAGUGGGUAAAGGUGGUUCGCGUUAAUGAUGAGACCGAGGAGGGUGAUGCCCGAUAAUGCCGCAGUACCAAUGUAUUUUUGUUAUUAACGAGUCAGCCGCACUUGUGUAUUUCUGCUGGGUAUAUACCCGACAUUGUUGUGUCGUUGUCAUGUACGAAUGAUUCUUUUAAGAUCACAUUUGAACCCUUAUGAAUAAGCUGGAACAUUCCUGUUUAUUUAAAACCGA